GAGAUGGAGGAACCAGUUUGAGUUUGAAUGCACAAAUCUAUUUUUUUCUGCUUUCAAGGUCAAUUUAUUUAUUGGAUUAGGCGAACAGGAUGGGUGUUAAGCUGGAUUGAUUUUGCAUUCUUAGAUACUGUAUCACAAUCAGUUGAGAAUGAGCUUUCAAGAAUAAUGCAUUAUUUACCCCAUGGUUUGUAUACACAAACUUUUCAGCCAACCAUAGUGCAGCUUAACUCUGGUAGCAUAAAUGCAUUUUCAAGAAAUUUUGGUCAGCCUGCAAGGAAAGAGGAGGAGGAUGUAGAGGAAGUGGAAAUUUACCCAAGAAGUCUUCCAGCUGAUUUUGAUCCUACUACAUUUGAUCCCAAUGAUCAUCGAGGUCCUCCAUCAGCAAGAGUUUUCAGGCUUGUUGAUAAAAUAGCAUCUCUUACAGUAGCUGAAGCCUCAAAAUUGGGUCUUGUGAUGAUGAAGAAAAUGGGAGUGAAGGAAAUGCCUAAUGUGGAAUUUAUGAAAGCAGGAGCUGGAAAUUUGGCUGGAAUGGCAGCGAAAGCACUAGCUGCGGCCAAGGAGGAGCAAAAGCCGGAAAAAACGUUUGAAUUGAAACUGGAGUCCUGUGAAGCGGCUUGCAAAAUUAAAAUCAUCAAGGAGGUACGGGGCUUUACUGAUUUAGGUUUGAAGGAGGCCAAGAAUUUGGUGGAUAAAACACCUUCUCAUAUAAAGAAAGGUGUUUCAAAAGAAGAAGGGGAGAAGAUAAUGGAGAAACUCAAAGCUCGUGGUGCAAAAGUUAUGUAAUGAUGUAUGCUGUUUCAUUUUACUUUUCUGAAAAUUAGAAAACUUUAUAGUUGCUGUGUUAAUUUUUUGCAACAUUAUUCUUCUGUUCCCUCUUAAUGGAAUAAAUUGUUGUAUUCCUACGCACGAUACUCAUUAACAUCUUACAAAUAAAUUAGUGUUC